AUCCUCAGCUUUUCGUACUGCUUGUUACACGAACGUACCCUCUGCAGCUAGAGUCGUUCUGUUCUUGUGACUAGUGGGACGCGUAGAGCCUUGGCAUGGAGGUCCCUCAGACACGCCCUCUGGACGUCGAAUCUCGUUCCGCCAGGCGAGAGUUCUCGCAAUGCCAGAAUUGCAGGAGGAAUAAGGACCAGCACAAAAUCAGGCUGUCAGUGUGCACAGGCUGCAAGAUCUCUAUGUACUGCAGUACAGACUGCCAGAAGGCACACUGGCCCACUCACAAGCCCAUCUGCCUUCGAAACCGACAGACCACCAAAGAAAUCACGGAGCGGUACGAUGGGGAGGCCAUAAUUGGACAGAGUGCGCCCGAUGCACCUAUCGUCACACCAAGCGACAUCCUCGCCGAUCUGCGCUCGUUCACCGCCAAGUUCACAGCUGCGAUCUUCCAGGCGGCGUUCAACGCCCUCGAGCUCACGCGUCUGGGCAAGACCUGGCAGCAGUGUGUCGUCUGGGUCGUCCUCGAGCGCGUUAAGGUCAUUCCUGAGGACUCGAAGCCGUGGCAACGCUGGCAUGUCAUGCAUGUCUUGCCUGUGCCGACCGAGUUUGCCUCGUCGAAGAUGGGCGGCGACAGGUACGAGUUCCCGAAGAAGAAGCGCGACCUCGAGCGCGAGCAGCUCCAGAAAGGCAACACCGGUGCCAUCACGGUCGUCAUCUCCGGUGGGUACGAGAAGCUGCAGCUCCUCCUGCACAACGUGACCUGCAUUGGGUUUGGGCCGCACUCCGCGGGCGCGCUGAAGGUCGAGGAGAAGUGGGAGGACACGUUCAAAGACACUGUUGAAAGGAUGUGUGGACGUGACCCCGCUGCUCGUCCACAGGCAGUCAUUCCAGGUUCUCAAGGAACCUAACUUCUGAAUCACUCACGGACACAUUGUAUUUCUACAUUGUACUGCUUUCUUGGUUUUUAGGAUUGCUAUCGACCAGUUUUGCAUGCCUGCUGUUGUGUAUUCCUCUGCUGUACAUAUGUUGCUCUCAUCUAAUGUUACUUCUCACGAACUCAACUGGG